AAAAUAAUUCAAUUAAUGAAAAUUUCAGCUGACUGCAUCUUAGUAAUAAUCUCACUUAGACAGCAUUUUUAAGCAUAUUAAAAAAUAAUACAAAACAACAACUUUGUGUCUCACUCUCUAUCCAGGAAGUUAAAACAUAAAGCUUCUCUUUUGUAAGACAGGUUUUUCUUGCUUAGCAAGAGAGUUCCUGUAAACAAUAUUUGUUAACCAGGUAUCCUUCACUUGCCAUUUAUAGAGCCAUGAAAUUUUCCUCUUUCAUAUUUUUCUACUUACACAGGUAGAAAAGGAUGAGUAGUACAUGAACUCAAAGCACAGCUUCUAUUCCUCCACAGCCCGUUUUACGUACAAAACAUCUUGAAAGAAGUGACUUCAAUUUUCAGUUCAUAGUAAGUGUUUUAAACCUCUGAGGACUCAAUUACAAAAAAAACAGCCUUUUGCAGUGACUGGUCUCUGCAGCUAAUUAGCAAGGAUCUCUCUUUUUCAAACAUCUUAGCUGUACACAGCAUCAAAGCAAAUCCAAGCCUGGGGUGUAACCUCAUGGAAAUUCUUCUGGAAUUGUAUAAAAAGGGUCAGGUGCUUGGCCAUAUUAAUGUGCAUUUCUUCAAAGUGAGCAGAACUAUACAGACUGGAUGCUAUGCAGGGAUUUAGAAACUGUGCUGGAGUGCCUAUCCUACAAGGAGAGACAGAGCUGGAUUGUUCAGCCUGGAGAGGAGGCAACUCAGGAAGACAUUAUCCGUGUGUUUGAUAACCUGAUGGGGGGAAUAAAAAGGAAGGAGCUGGGCUCUGCUCAGUGGUGCCCAGUGCCAGGAGAAGAGGCAGUGGGCACAAACGAGAAACUCCAUUUUAACAUCAGAAAAAAACUGUAUUACUGUUACAGUGGUCAAAUGGAGAGGCUGUGGAGUCUCUGCCCUUGGAGAUGAAGACCUGACCGGGCACGGCCCUGAGCAACCUCCUGGAGGACCCUCAUCCAGGAUGAUGCCCAAGGUGCCUUCUGUCAGCCUGUGGAAGUCUGGUCUAAGGACAGCAUCCUCGUGUUGGUUUUGUGGAGGAGAGCUGUUUUCAAAUUCUCAGCCAUCUUUUCUGUGCAUGUAACCUAAAAUGGAUGCUUGGCUAAUUAUUAGCCUCCAUAUGCAACGCUCACACUCCUACUGGAUCCGAGCUGACAAAAAGGCUCGAUUCCAAACAACCGCUGCUGGCCAGAAGCCUGAAGCUGCAGUCCCUCACAUACAACGUACCUAUCUGCGUAGCUUUCCACUUACAGAAAGCAAAUCGGGGGCACUGAAUGGAAUGAACACUGAUAAAACAUUAUAAAAACACUUGCAGAUAAAUGUCCCAACAGAUGAAGCAUUCUAUACGCCAUUAUCCGCCAAAAGGCAGGAUUUCAUCCUUCUCCUUUCAUGACGUUUUCAGUCAGGUAGGUCUACACGUUAAACGUAUCCAAACUAUUUCAGCUACAGCACCAAGAGAGUGGUUUCAGCAUAAAUAACUCACCAAUACAUAAGAAGUCAGUCAAUCUAAAAAUACACCUUUCUUUGAUGUCACCUUUGUGGAGAAGCACCUAACGUGGUCCACCUGCGAACACUGGGUUAGCAGAGCUUUGUGAACGGUGACGAGGGAUUUUGAAAACACCAGCACACACCUCCAUGAUGCACAACACCAAAGUAUUUAGGGAAAAUGCCAGCAACAAGGCUGCGGGUGGAAGGAGAGGAGGAAAGAGGGAAGGAGCUCAACGUUUUUUAAGCUAUGCUUGCUCCCUCCCCUACUUAAAUUUAACAAAAAAAAGAGAUGCUAGUUGCUGAUGUCAUCGAAGUGCUAGCAUUAAUCACUCACAGCAUCACUGGUACAGGCACAGGAGCAUAUAACAGGGAUGUGCAGGCAGUACCCUGUCCAAGAAGGAAGCAACAGAGGGAGAAAAAGACAUUGUUUUUCUCCUGUGUUCUUUGAAAACCAAGGCAAACGGCAUCUUUAGACAAGAUGUGCUCUUGCAUGAAUUUCAGUAGAAGAGACGAAGAAGCCAUGCCACAACCAGCAUCGGGGAAAAAACCUGGAAGUAGCAAGCAAUGAGGAUUCAAUCCAGGGGGAAGAAAAAGCAAACUGGCAAGCAGAGAUCAUGAAGCAAAUAACUCCUGUGGAAAACGAUACAGAACAUUUAGUAUUUAUGUUAUUUUUGCAUCAGCACCUGAAAAUCCUGUUCUGAAAUCUCUGUCAGGAAGUGAUGAGAUCUACGAUCCACACAGUAUCCCCAGUACCACAACCCCUCAGUUACCUGCCUGGGAAACAGUAAGCUCCCCUUUCCAAAGAUCCCUCCUGGGAAAGGAAAAAAACCCCGAGCAGCACGGCAAUGGGAAUAACCGUCCAGAACAUCACAGGGAACACAGCGGUGGUGAUCUGGCCCCAGAUGGCCAGCUGCGCCGACAGCUUUUACAGCGUCAUGUACCACCCCAACUGGAAGAGCAUGCCGGCGAGCUACUCGAGGAAGAGCUUCCAGAAGGAAGAGAGGGUGCCCGCCAGCCGCUCCUCCUUCGUGGUCGAAAACCUGACUCCGCUGACCACGUACAUCCUGUGCGUCACCUGCCAGUCCGCCAACCCCUCCAGCGACCAGUGCAGGGUCUUUAACACGCUGCAACGAGACCCGGCGUCUGCCGGCACCGCCAAGAAGGAGCUGGCGCUGGGCAUCUGGCUGGCCAGCAGCCUCCUGCUCCUCAUCAUCGCCGCCGUCCUCCUCUACGGCUGCCUGCACCUGCUCUGCCGCAGGAGGCGCGAGCGCCCGCGAGGGCGAGCCGGGUCCUCCGAAUGGGACCCGGGGAAGACGUGGACCAAAAGCGCAGCGGGCGCCUCCGAGGAGCUCGGUGUGCAGGGCCAACGGAGGCGGGACGGCGAGGAGAAGCAGCCGGGUGGCAUCCAGCUGGCCACGAUCAUAGAGGACCCGUCAGCCUGCCAGGAGCCCUGCCGGCCCGCUUCCGAGAGCCGGGAACGAGUGCCAAGGGCCGGGCCGUACUCUGCCAUCAAUUAGAAGCCUUUCGGCAGGGAGGAGACCUUCUGCCACUUGGGACAUCCCAGUCCUUCAACCCCAUCGCGUGCUCUGUCUGCACUCGCGACAGGGGCUGCUCUCUGCAGCGCUCCCGUCUGUGCCUGCCGCCGUCACGGCCCCGUCCGACACCCUUGUGCUGCCCCAAGUACUCAGAGGCAAAGGUUUGGGCUGCCCACGACUCUGCUGCGAUUUGCUGCUUCAAAAUGCAUCAGUUUGUAUUUUGAGGGCUGGUUUGGGUUUCUUUACUUGAGAAAAGAAACAAAACCGAAUGAAAGCGGUAACCUAAACAUUGAUUUAUUUAUUACUUGAGCAAAUAAAAAUCUAAUAGAUUUUUUCACACGGAAAGCCAGAUUGCCAUACUGAAACACACACCCUGAGCAUGACGGCUUGCUGGCACGAGCGUUACCCCUGCACUUCUGACUGCUGCUCAAACCAGACACGUGGCUGACCACAGUGCUCUCAGUACCACCCAUUCUGAAUGAGGGCUCGGUCUCAGCACGUACACUAAACUCAGCAGGAUUUUAAUGGUAUCCCUUCAUCUAUCUUUGAACUUUCCCCUCAGUCCAAAAACAUACACAACAUAGCGACUCUGUAAGGACAGUUCCAAAUAACCCAAGCAAAUACCCUGGGAUGUCUUACUUGGAGCUCGUCAGCACCCACCAGAAGGUACUUUCGGCUCCCCAGGCGAGUGACUCCCUGUAGAGGCACCAGAGCUCAGAGAAGCAGCUCCUGGUCCUUCCUCCUCCUUCUCCUUCAGUUUUAAAUAAUAAAACUCAUUCAUCAGCUACAAGUUUCUAUCCAACCAUACCGUGAGUUUUGUAUGACCAAGGGGGCAAGGAAGUAAAAACACGCCAAAAGGCAUGUUAUUUUUGUAACAAUCCAAUCUGCUAGUCAUCUAAUUGCGCCUUGAACGUCACGGCAAGAAAAAGCCCUUCAGACAGAAAAGUACCAAGAAAAGCCCUUCAGACAGAAAUCUGUUCUCCCUUGCAAAAUGAUGCAUCUUGUCUGGCUUAUGUGUGUAAGUCACUCUGUUUUAAAUCCCUGAAGUGAAUUUAUGUUCCGUAAAAAUGUAAUAAAUCUUACUAUUGCUGUACAAUGUGGUAUUUCUAAAAACAAAGACGCACUGUGACUGCAGGCCUUGUAAAGUGCUAUCAGUAGGAACCUACACGUAAUGCCAGCUCUCACUGACCCGGCUCCGUUGGACCAGGAGCAGGCUGGGCAGCUGCCGCCCAUUUCCAUUGCAUCUGGCAGCCGAGCUGGUGUACGAGUUCGACAGGAAAGCACGGGCUGAACAUUUCACAGCAGGCAACGGGGCUUUGCAGCUACCGUGUUUGGGCAACGCUUGCCACAACUUGAGAAAGACCUCAGCUCUCAUCCUGCUAGGAAUACAGGAGCUGACCUAAGUCUGAGGCGUCUUUUUUCCUCCUAGGACAGGUAAAACAUGCAGAAAACAUGUGCCAAAUGAAGGGAGAGUAUUACUUUUAGGAAAGCCUUCCAAAGGAACCUUUGUUAAGUUAGCAAUACCAUGUUCUCCAUCCCCCGCACAGCACUUCCUCCAACUGCCAAGCGUUUGUCUUACACACCAAUCUCAGAUAAACUGUGCAGAUGACAGCACUGCGCUGCUGUGAUUCAUAAAACAGGUGAUUCAUGAAACACCCUGAAAAACUCUCUUCAGAACACGAAGGCAACGUGACAGGUUGCCUUCCCAAAAAGGGGCAGCUGGGGAGGAGGGGGCAGAAAAAAUGGUUUCAAAUGAUCUUGUAAUUAAAUUAACACUUCUUUGACCAGGGCUUCAUGAAAGAGAGAAAAUAUGAUUUUAACGUUAAAGGUGUGGAGCCAAGAGACAGAAAUUCUCACCCCUGCCAACAUCUUGGGCCCUUGGAAAAGACUGUUUAUUUUUCUGCGUCUCUGUUUCUUAGUGUGGACUUUAAGGCAACCCUAUCCGUAUAUUUACAUAAUAUUUGUGUAUUAUGUACGUGUGUAUCCCAUACUGAGAACACAAGGAGCAGUUCAGUCUUAAAGCAGCUUUGAGGCAAUUCAACGCCUGAAUGUAUUGUUUAUGCACAAAACACGUGCACACAAACACACGUAUGAACACAUCACACUGAGAAGGUAAGGAGCUAACAUGGAAGCGCUCCCAGGAAUGGGAUUUCCCUCAUCUAAAUAUAAACCCAUUCCACUCCAGGAGUUUACUAUGCACUGCUUAGACAAAUACAUCGUUUCACAAGCAACGGAUUAUCUUGCUCCCACCAGAAAACAGGAAUGCACCCAGAGUGUCAUUUAAGGACUUCUACACUGGUUUUCAAGAAUAUCACACACACACACAGAGCUACAGGAUUCUUCCACUCUUGCUCAGAAAACUUUUUUACAGAUCUGCUCAGGUUCUUUUUGGCAAUCCUGUGUUUUGGUAGUUCACUGUCCAUUUUUAACACUCAUCUAAUAAAGGGCAAACAUUUUAAGUGACUAGAAAGCUGAUAACGAGAUGCAACAUGGUGCAAAAUGCUGCUUACUUGUGCACCAGCAGCAGAUAAACAUAACGCAGAAGACACGCAAACAUGAAAACGUUUGGAAGGUGUUGUUUCAAAUCCCUAGGAGAGACUCUUUGUUAUAUACGCACUAUUAUUUUAUGCCUCUGGCCCGUGUUUCCAAAUUUCAGUCUGCUGACAUUCAUUUCAUUUAGCUAAUCCUACACAUAUUUCAAGAGGGUAAAGGGAUUUCAAUGACCACACUCAAUGAGCUUUCAAAGUACGCCAGCUCACUUAGAAGGCUGACAAGCUUCUGCAGGCAAGCUCCUUCCUACCUGACAGCUCUGCUCCCAUGCCAGCCAGGAGAAGUAAAUUGUGUCUGUGGGCUUUUGUUUUGCUAAUCAGAUGAAAAUAAUGCUGAGAAAACUAGAUGCAAUAGAGAAUGCGGACUCAACUGUCUAUGACAAACAUGAACACACAUUAAUACAGAUCAAAUGCUUUGAUCCACGUAGAAAUAUCCGACAUCUGAACCCCCCUGAGACCAACACUUAAAAAAAAAAAAAGAUCUUUAAUUAUUCCUAAGCAAGCACUUCACUUGUGCAAAAACUUCUGCACAGCAAGUGUUUAAGCUUUACAAUCCAGUACGUUCAUGUAUGAGUGUGUGCCUGCACGGGAAACCACCAAGCCAUUGUCUUGACCUAAAUAAACACCAUGGAUUGCUCAAAACCAACCAACCAAAGUUCAAUAAGAAAAGAAAUCAUUCCUUGGCGAUCUGAUCAAUAGGAAGUGCUUACCUGGAUAUUUUGAAUAGUUCAAGAAAUCCAUAAAAGAAGACAAUAAAACCAAAAAUACAUGGCUACUCCGCAUUCCUCUAUUACCCAGACAUCAGGCAAUUGAGCAGUCUAACAAUUAAAGGACUCAAAUAACACAGAGACUAGAUGCACUCUGUGACAAGCCUGUCUAUAUAGUGCACAGAAUAAUAUCACACAAUAAUAUCACACUCUGGAAUUUGUAGCACCCAUCACGUAAGAAAUACUAUCAGUUACUUGCUAUAUAAAGCAGAAACGUCCCCUUAAAAUUCCAUUCAGUUAUCCUCAGUUCUAAAAUACACCAGAUUCAAGAAACACUUAGAACUACAGAGUCAGAAAUAUUUGCUACCAAAGACAUAUUUAGCUACAGAAUUAGCUCCAGAAAUGCAUCUUAGAACCCCUUUGAUUGCUCCUGCUCAUAGCAGUAUGGAAAAAUAAUCAGAUUUCUAAAAACAUUUAGCUCUAAGAGUAAAGGUUACUAAACUCAUUUUAAUAAUGUAACCUGACUGAUGAAAAAAAAAAAAAAAAGGUUCUCCAGUAAAUCCUCUCUCCCUCAGCCCACUGUAUCUUCACUUAGAUAAAUUAAGUUAGCAAUCUGUACUAAAUUCAGUGGGCUUUUUGCUCUUUACACAGCAUCUGGUGAAUUCCCAAAAUAGUACAGAACACAGUAACUCUAAUGUAAGAGAAUCCUGUUUUCCUAUAUUUUACUGUUCCCAGUUGGAGAACAGUUAUAUAAAAAACCAUUCACAGGACCAGACGAUCAGUUGUUAACUUUCCGUACUACAGAAAUGUGAAUCCUUUUCCGACUCUUCUGCACUUUAAAGCAUUAAAGUUUUACAAGAGCAGCAGAUUCAUUAGGACUAAAAUUUGUAGCUUCACAGAGUACAAGACUACAAAUCACGCGGCUUCUAUUGGAAACUUGCAUAAACCUUCUAGGCACUCCUAAUUUGCAAAGCAAAGACCAUGCUGAUACAGGAUCAGGAGAUGAGAUGGCCAGAAGGCCAACUUCAUGAAAAAAGACUGACAUCCUUGGGUUGAAGAUUCCAAAGAAAUACUACAUUUUCUUCAAAAUAAUUUAAGCACUUAAUACCUGAUAGUUUAGGACAGUCAGUCUAAAUUGUACAAUUUAAGUCAGAUAAUAACUAAAGCAGUUUUUCCUAUCUAUCUGCUCCCUUUUCUCCUGCUAUCACAAUCUUCAGCACUGUAGCAAGGGAGCAGCUGCACCCAAGAUGGGCUUUCAUUCUCACUCCCCCAGCUGACUGUUCUUUUUUUCAAGUCUGCUCUGACACUACGAGCAACUGCAAUGCAAGGUGGUUGAGGGAAGGAAUUAUUUUUAGCUAUGUCAAAUAAGACUAACCAUCAGACUAAUCACUUACACUCUGGCUAAAACAUAUGGUGAUCUUCACAGUAAAAUCUGAAAAAAAGUGUCUGUUGAACCAAAAAUAGUCACAAAAUGUAUGCAAGUCCCUUUUUAAAAACUUUCACAUUCCAUAAUUUCUAUAAUUAAAAUGAUGCCUUUAAAUAUUGGCAAACCAUAAUUAUAAAGGGAAUA